AGUAGAAAUAUUCCUGGAUAUAAAUCAGGCUUAUUGGAUAAAGCUAAACCUUAGAUGUCUACUAUUUUACAAUAAAAGCAACUUUUGGCGAUUUCAACAAGUUGUCCCCGUAUCUCUCUUCCUCCGAAUUCCUCCUCCUCCUCCUCCUCCUGCCGUCGAUGGUUCUAAUUGGUUUUUCGGGCGGCAGCAAGCUGUGACGUCUCUCCGCCCGAUGACGUCACACACAGACCUGGCCAGCCGCGCGCCUGGGAGGGAACUAGUUGUUGGAGUGGCGAGAGCGCGGCGGCACUUCAUCACGUCCGGAGAGCACCAGCUGGAGGAAAUAUUCACCUGAGCGCCGCCACGACGAAUUCACCAGGACUCCCAUUGCUCUGUUUGAGGACACCCCGUCGGACUCCUGUGUGCUGUCCCGAAGACAAACAAGUUUAUUUAGCCCUUUUUAAAACUAUUAAAAAAAAAAGAACAAUUGUGCCAGAGACGCCGCGUGCCUGGUUUCAUUAAAAGGACCGUAAAUCCACGGCGAGACGUGACUGCUCCAAAAUGAUCGGACUGCUCUGCUUGGUCGCGUCGAUACUCGCUGCACCCGGGGCGUCGGGUCAGCGAGUGAAGGUGGAACGAGAGGUGUCGUCGUAUCCUGGCCAGACUGUCAACCUGCGCUGCGCCUUCACAGAUGCUACUGGGACUCAGCUCACAAUGGUCACGUGGAUCUACGAGCCCAAGGACGGAGAGCGGAUCAACAUCGCUGUGUUUCACCCCAGCUUCGAUCCCAAUUACCCCGACUCGCCCGUGAAGGGCAGAGUCAGCUUCAGUCCCAGUCCUUCAAGCAUGGAAAGUCCCUCCAUCGCGAUAACCGAUGUGAGGAUGACCGACGAGGGGAAGUACAUCUGCGAGUACGCCACCUACCCCAGAGGCAACGAGCAAGGCAUCACGUACCUGGUCAUGCUGGCUAAGCCUCAGAACUCGGCCUCCAUCGUGACAGUGCUAGCAGGCAGCACACCGGUCGUUGUGGCUCGCUGCGAGUCAGUCGACGGCCGCCCCGCCGCAGAGAUCUCCUGGGUGACCGCUGCCAACGGCAACGCGACUACGCUGACCAAGCCGGGUGCCGACAACACGAUGACUGUGACCAGCGAGUACCGCAUGGUUCCCACAGCGGCAGACAACGGGAAAGACCUCAGUUGCGUGGUGGUGCACAGGACGCAGGUCAAACCAGAGAGCUUUGUGUUGAAGCUAGCAGUUCAGUACCCCCCCGAGGUGACAAUAGUUGGUUAUGACAACAAUUGGUAUGUGGGUCGCACAAAUAGGGUGCUCACCUGCCAGGCUCACGGAAACCCUCCUCCAAUGACCACCGAGUGGAAGACCAUGUCAGGAGAGAUGCCGUCCAUGGUGCAGAUCACCAACAACGAGCUGAAGGUGUUGAAAGUGGACGACUCUGUCAACACCACUUUUGUCUGUGAGGUCAGCAACCGCAUCGGAACCGGCAGGGACCAGGUCUCGGUUGUUGUCAGAGAGCCCAGGGUGAACCCAUCCAAUGCCGGUGUGGUGGCAGGCGCUGUGAUCGGCUCCCUGCUGGCCCUCCUUUUGGUCGCCGCUCUCAUCGCCGUACUUGUCACCCGUAGCCGCAGGCAACAGCAGGGUUACCGCGCCAAUGGUGGCAGUGACAUGAAGACGCGCAUGUUUGGCGGCAAGAAGGCCAGCAAGAACGGCACGAGUGGGGUCAGCGGCGGCGUCAUAGGCGGCAACAACAACGGUCCCAUGUACGGCUACAACGAGAGCUCGUCCCACCAGGGCCUCGGAGAGAAAACCAACCACCAGCACCAGCCGCUCACCAUUGGGGGCCGGCCUGAAAAUGUUCCCACCGCACCCACCGCCCAAGACAUCCUGCUCAGCAAUGAAUUGGACGACGUGGAAAGGAGGAAGUUCGAUGAGCUCGAGGCGGAGGAGAGGUACGACCACUUCACCGGAGGGGCCCCCAUCCUUCAGCUUCGCCCACACGACCAGGACGACAUGAUUGGAGAUUACAUGGAUGACGACAUGGAGUCCCAGCGGGAUGGCUCAGUCAUCUCACGGACUGCUGUUUACGUAUAGAAGAGGAAGGGAGGAGGAGGAGGAGGAGGUGGAGGAAGAGGAGAAAAAAUGGAGGGAUGGAGGAUUCCAUGCGAAGAUUUUUUGGCUGUCUGAUAAAGAAAUUAAUUCCAUUUUAGUUUUGAAAAUUGAUUUUAAACAUGGCCUAUUAUCAAUCACAGUGCAGCCCCACAAUGAAAAGGAGAGUUUGGAGGGAUUCUCUCAAAGCCGCGUCGCUGUAACUGAACUGAAACUCAAACCAUGAAAAGGAACAACUUGUGUCACACUUCUUCUGCUCAUGCCAUCACUGGGAUCUUGACAAGGACUCUUGACAGACUAAAACUGAGAAACUGUGUUGCGUAGGAGUAGAAUAAUGGAUUCACGAUACAAGCUUUGCUUUAAAGGCGGCGGCUCUCUUGCAUAUUCACUCUUAUCUUCACCCAAACUGUAGAAGUGGAAGGGGUUGUCAAGCAGUUACAUGUUGCCUGCAACCUCCUGUGGGACACCUUUUGAUUUGGUAAUGCACUGAGCUAUCACAGCCGGUGUGUUUUCAGUAGCUGGGGUCGGGAGGGAGGUUUUAAAGGUAUGGACCGUGGCCAUCAGGUGAUUUAGAGGGAACAAAGAAUUUGCUCUCAUCUGCUGGUGAGCUUUCAUUUCCACUCCCUCUGCCUUCCCUUCAAACCUCGGCAACAGUAGACGCGCUCAACUUAACAUUUAAAAGGAACACUAGGUUCUGAUGCACCAGAACCUAAUGCUUUGUUUAAUUCAGAGCAUCUGAAAGUAGGUUUCCACGGAGUUUGGGCAAAGCUCUCAUCGAGGCAUUCACAUGCAGAACUUUUGUCCUGUGCCUGGAGGUAAGAGGUGGUAAGCGAGCGAGUGAGGAGUAAUCGAUCUGACGGGGUCAAGGGAGGGAGAGCGGCAUGCAGGAGGACUAGAGAGGAGCUUGUCUGUUCUUUUCUCCUCCUCCUCACCCUCGUCUCUUCAAAACGCUCCCGACAGGAGGAGUUUGAUUGGUAAUGAGCCGUGAAGUUGCUCGCUUAGCUGGGACCAACAGAUUGCCACUACUUAUCAUUUAUGACGUGGCGAUUGCUCCCCCUCCCACCCUCUAUUUCUCUAUCGUUCAUUUCUCCCUCUCCCUCUCUCUCUAUCUCUCUCUCUCUCUCUGAGAGUUUAUGGGGAGUUCAUGAUUUAUCGGGUAGUGUCGGGGUCAGGGCCACGGGGAGCACUGUGGUUUUUUACUGCUCCCGAUGUGUCAAACGCCCUACCUACUCUAUUCCAUCCUCGCCUUCCCUGACAUGCUAGAACUGACUAAUCCACCUGGAGUGACCAGUGUGAACUCCACCGCAUGGAUGCCACCGUCUCCUCCCACACUGUAGUAAGUGUGGGAAGAGACGCAAAGGUUGCGGCCGCACCAACUCUCCAGGAGUCGAAUGGACUAACGGGCAAAAAGCAAUGAGAUGGCCCUUUCCAUGAUGCCGCUUCAAGGCCGAUGGUCUCCUGAUUGUUAUUUAUCCUUCUAACAAGCCACGGGAGGCCCGCUCAGACUGAUAUUACUGCGUGGUUACUGCACGCUGCGGCCUUUAAGGCGGAGUCUUUACAUUGGCAUGCAUCACUGUAUUUAUUUAGGCACUGGAGGCUUGUGAUGGACAAUCUGUAAGAGAAGGCCCAGUGUAGCUCCUUUUUAAUCAGGAUUUUCCUUGCCUUCUAAUCAACUAACCUCUUGACCCACUGGGAAUCGGGGGAGAAGAGCUUUCUGACUGUUGUUCCCUGUUGUAAAAACAGGGUUGCAGUUCGCUGCCGGUCGCGAGGUCAAAUGCAUGGUGACCCUUUGCCAAGAGCAAGGAGGACUGAGCUUGCCAGCAUUUCCUGUCUUAGCCGAUAUAAACCUUGAGGUGAGAAACCCUCGCGUACAGUUCAAGUACCUGUAUAGGACGAGGCAUUGCUAGUUUGCCAUAGUGAUGGCUUUUAACCUUUUUAGAGAGGCAGAGCGGUGAGAGUCACAGGGAACACAUGACAGAUAACGGAUACGGCUUUCAGUGUUUGAGCCCCGUCUGGCAUAUCGAAAGCCAGUGUGUUCAAUAGGAUUAUUGUCUUAAUGGCCUUUUACAUAAAUGCCACUUCUGUCAACCUGGGGUACAGUCAAUUUACAGGACACAGCUGAUUUUACACAACCACUCUAAAGAUUUAAAAAAAGAAUGCAUUGACUUAUUUUUGCACUAGUUUGUGUGUCACUGCAAGAGAAAUAUGAAUCGUAUGAAAUCCUUGGUUUUGUGGGUGAAAAUAGCAACAAAGCUGUGUAUGUACAUCUUGGUGUGAGGUAUCGUGUACUAUAUAUGUAAGCAUCUUUAUUUUUUUUGUGAAAAUGUGGAUAUUUAUAACAAUGUAAAUAUCAGAUGGAUGGAGCCAGUAUUGCCGGUGUUGUGGAAGUACACACAAAGGUGUUGUCUGUCUUUUAGGCCGAAACUUCAAAUGUCUCAGAUGGCAGUCAGAAUGUAAUUUUUAAUCUAAUGAUUGCCUCGGUGGUUUAGAUGUUAAAACUUGUUGGACAGACUGAGAGUUUCCCUAAACGGUCAAUUUGUAUUGGUGAAAAAAAAAAGCGAUAAAUGCCUGUAUAGUGAUUUGUUAACAUUGACUGCAUUUCCACAUAAUAAGCACAGUUUUUUUGCACAAUUGGCUUCUCUCCUUAGUCACGACAGACACGCAGCACAAUGCAAGAAUACCCACAAUACUCAACAUUUAUUGCGUGGACCGUAACCACACAGGUCUGUUUUGUGUGUGUGUGUGUGUGUGGAGUAGUGUGUUUUCAUGAUGCUCGGAGGCUUUGGGUUAUAUCUCCCUGCCGUUGGGGCUGUAACCCGAGUAGCCGCCCUUUGUCACCACGGUAAAACUGGCCACCUGGAGAUAUUGCUGUGCAGUUUGAAGACACACUCUUAUACGCAGAAUGCAGAGAAACAUUCGCCCACACACAAACACCCCUCAGUCACUCUCAUUAUGCUCACUCUCACAGCCAAACUGUCCAGAAGACGCGUCAUACCUGACAAGUCUGCCUUCUCCUGACAUAAGCCCACACAAAUGUGCUCCCAUAGCCCCACACACACACACACACACACACACACACACACACACACACACUUCUCUUCCUGUUCAGUGGCUCUGUCAGGACAUAUACAGAGUCCUCUUACAGUGAAAAGAGCUGCAGCGUGAUGUGUCCCCCUGCUCCACUGCGUUUGUAUUCCUCCAAAUGGUCCAACCCCAUCGGGUAUCGCCUGAAUGACCCAGCGGAACAGCGACAAACACCCAUUCAGGGGCACACCUUUCACCCUGUGUCUGAAACUGGCUUUUUGGGAUUGUCGGGUCCCUUUUUUGUUUCACACGGGGAAUAUUGCUUUCAUAACAAUGCUGCCACGCUGACCUGCUCCCCCUCCCGAAUCACAUCAAAGGCUUUUAGAGUCGCACAGCUUUCCUCCUGUCUCCAAAAUGUUGUUUUCGUGCUCUAACUUCAGCAACCUCUGCGACCGCCUCCUCUCUCUCUCUCUCUCACUCACACACACACACACACACACACACACACAUCAUUGGCACCCACCUGAGCACCAAGUUAGGCUUGUUAGUACCAAAUGCUUUUGGAGAACAAUCCUGGCUCGGGUCUAGCCCAGGGGUUAGGCAGUUAAAGUACACAAUGUAUCCCCACACACACACACACACACACACACACAGUCCUAUUCCGCUGGAAUAUGUUCCGCUCCAAACAAUUGAUGACUAAUCAAAGCCUUAUUAUCUCCCAUCUCACUUGCAUAAAAGAAGAAAAAAAAGAACUUCCCUGUGUACAUAGUAUAAAUAUAUAAAUAUGUAGCAGAGAAAAAGAUAUUACUAAUUUAUGGUGUCACGUUUGUGUAAUUCUGUGACGGCAAGCAUGAAGGAUUUAUUUUACCCUUUUUUUAGUUUCCUGUGUUUUCUGUUAUUUUGCAGUGCUUUAUCAUGUUUCUGAGUGCUUUAUUCUUGACUGCUGCGCUGUGAUUGCGGCCAAAACUGGCAAAUGUGCUUCUUCUAUACAAAUGAACUCAACACACAACAAAACAGUUUUAUCCCAAAUGUGCUUUUAUUAUCGACUGCUCUGUGUAAAUGUUACUUAUGUUUUUUUGUAAUUUUGUUUUUGUUGAAUUUAUUUUGCUGCUUGAAAAAACUAAAUUAGAAUUGUCACCAUUUUGUCUUUCUAUAUCUUUCUUUCGUAUUUGGUUGCUAUUAAAGGUUUCUUGAUUUUUGAAA